AUGGACAUCUACAACUCCACUUUGUCACCAGCGCUGGACAUCGGCGCAGGUUGUUACCUGCUGGUUGUAGCUGUGCUCUCCAUCAUAGGAAACCUCCUGGUCCUCAUCAUCGCAUUCAAAAGGUCAUCGAGGAUGAAGCCAGUGGAGCUGCUGAGUGUGAAUCUGGCAGUGACAGACCUGGGAGCAGCUGUCACCAUGUACCCUCUGGCUGUGGCCUCUGCCUGGAGCCACCGCUGGCUCGGGGGAGAUAUUACCUGUAUUCUUUACGGCCUGGCAGGAUUCUUCUUCGGCAUCGCCAGCAUUAUGAACCUGACUAUCUUGGCCAUAGUGCGCUUCACUGUUUCCAUCAAUCUGCAGUCUCCCAAGGAGAAAAUCAGCUGGAAAAAGGUGAAGAUGCUGUGCAUGUGGACCUGGCUGUAUGCUCUGAUUUGGGCUCUGUUCCCCAUACUGGGCUGGGGCCGGUAUGGCCCAGAGCCCUUUGGGCUCUCCUGCUCACUGGCCUGGGGAGAGAUGAAACAUGAGGGUUUCUCUUUCGUCAUCUCCAUGUUCUCCUUCAACCUCAUCAUGCCUUCUAUUAUCAUCAUCUUCUGCUACUUUGGCAUCGCCAUCAAGCUCUAUUUCACCUACAAAAAGUCAAUAAACAACAGCAACCGAGUCCCCCAUAUUGUCAAGCUGCAUCGGAGGCUGUUAGUAAUCGCUGUCCUGAUCAGUGUAGGCUUCCUAGGCUGCUGGGCUCCGUAUGGCAUGGUAAGCCUGUGGUCCAUUUUCCAUGACAGUAAAACCAUCCCACCUGAAGUCAGUCUCCUGCCGUGCAUGUUUGCGAAGAGCUCCACUGUAUACAAUCCCAUGAUAUACUACGUCUUCAGCCAGAGCUUCAAAAGGGAGGUAAAGCAGCUGCGAGGGAUGUGCCUAGGGUUUAAUUCAUGCCGUGUUUCCAGCAGCGUCAAUGACAACAGCAUUUACAUGGUUAGCACUGACAUCAAGCCUAAAAUAGCAGCACGAUCUACUUUUCAGGAUAUCACAGAGUCAAAGAUAGUGACUUUGAGUUGA